AUGACUCAACUUACAAACACCCUAUCACCGGUAUUCCCCUUAGAGAAGGAUGCUGAUGUAGAAGCUAACGCUGCUCCUUUAAAACAUAGUGCUCAUAUUCAAGUUUUCAUUCGACUGGUAGAACCUGUCGUGUUUUUCCAAGGGUUCGAAACGCAGCAUAAUAGUGACAGACUACCUGCUGUCCUAAGAGGUUCAUUGGUGGUCAGAGUACUAAAAGCUACAAAACUUAAAAGCAUAUCGUUAGCAUUCAAAGGUUAUACGAGGACUGAGUGGCCCGAAGGUAUCCCACCAAAGAAACAAGAAUUUGUAGAGAUUAAUGACGUAGUGAAUCAUACUUGGCCAUUUUAUGACUCAUCAGAUCCUAUACAGCCGGAGCCGAGAACUAAAACCAGUAAUAGCAAAAAAGAUGCAGAAUAUGAAAUGUUAUUACAAGGUAGUGGUGCUUCGAUGUAUAAGCCGCUUCCAGGUGGGCCAGGACAAUCUACAAUGGGAACUGCUGGUAUAGCUGCGAUAUCGCACAGUAAAUUGACUGGUUUGACUUCCCCUUUACAAUUAUCCCCUGUCUCAAGUAAUCCUAAUAUCAACAAUAGUAGCAUGACCGGAUCGCAUACAGUUACUCCAAAGAAAGAAAAGAGUACUGGUAAUUUGAGAAGAAGUAGGGCUAACUCUUCGGGAUCUUUAAACACAAUAAAGAACAGUCCCUCGGUGAGAAGUUUAUCUCCAUUAAACCUCUUUAGAAGAGUCACUUCAUCCAAUCAUGAAAUUCAAAGAGUCCCUCAUCAAUCCUCAUCGACUAACCUUAAUUCCAAUUCUAAUUCGACAAAUGAUAUCAAUAAUCAAAAGAGAAACCUCUCGGGCAAUAAUUUAACAACAUCGAAUACAGAUUCAAUAAAACCAGUUACCUCAACUUCAAUUUUUUCCGAAUUAUUAUCAUCAACUUUCUCCUCUGAUGCGACAACAUCAGUUCCACACAAAUUAAACCAUCAUGAUUCUAUAGUAUCGGCAAGCUCAAUAACAACGUCUGACUCGUUCGUAUUCCAACCAGGUGAUUAUGUGUACACAUUUGAACAGAUAAUACCUCAAACAUUUCCUGAAUCUAUCAAAGCCGAUUUUGGGUUUGUCGAAUACUUUCUAUUGGCUACUAUUGAAAGAGUUGGUGCGUUUAAGUCAAACUUGAAUGCAAGAUUACCUGUUACGAUCGUAAGAACCCAAUCAGAUACAUCUGUGGAAGAAAGUGAACCCAUCUUAAUAUCGAGAGACUGGGAAAAUCAACUGUUUUAUGAUAUCAUAAUAUCGUCAAAGGACAUUAUCCUGGAUGCUUUCUUACCAAUCAAUUUUUCCUUUUCACCUUUGGAUAAAAUUACAUUACACAGAAUAAGAAUUUAUAUUACUGAAACUAUGGAAUAUUAUUGUAGAGGUAAGAAGAUACAUAGACUCGAACCAACAAAAAAGUUCUUAUUGGCUGAACAUUGUGGUCCAACUUUACCAAAUGCUCCAAAGGAUACAAAUGGUGUCAAGGCCAAAUACAUGGGCAAUUUACUAGAGGAUGAAGACGGCUAUUUAUCCAACAAAUCAUUUGAAUUCCAAGUUUUUAUACCAAGUAGGUUUGGUAGUCAUCAAAGGUUACACCCUGAUACUGGGAUCGAGAAGAUUAAAUCAAAUCAUUGGAUUAAACUUUGUCUUCGUUUAUCGAGAAUGGUUGACGGUAAGAGAAAACAUUACGAAAUUAGUAUCGAUUCUCCUAUCCAUGUAUUGCACAAAUUAUGUUCUCAUGCAAAUACUUUACUUCCAAGUUAUGAUGUUCAUUCUUUACCAUUUGGAAAUAAUAUUUUCCCAUCUUCUGCAAGUAUCUCUAUGGCUUCCUCAAGUUUAAAUUCCAAAUUUGAGUCAGAUUCUGUAUCAGAGAGCAUGAAAUCCAAUCUUACUUCCGAUACCAAUGAUCCAAACCAUUUGUACCAUAACUCUAACAUUUUCUUCCCUAAGGAAGUAUUCAGUUCACCAAUUUUAUCACCUAACGUGCAGCCAAUUGAUGUUAGUUCAAUGAAUGGGCCGACAAGAACACCUUUGCCAAGAAUUUCAUCAAGCCGCCAUGUCAAUAGCAGCAAUAGCAACAGCACCAAUAAUAACAAUAGGCAUAUUCAUAACUUAAUACAUAGCCAAAAUGGACGUCCUAAUACUGUAGGGGGUGAGACUAGUAAAAAUGAUAUAUUUACAAAUCCAAAACUGAAGUCAAAUAUUUAUCAACCUGAAUCAAUCGAAAGAGCGUUAACUUCUCCUCAGGCUGUUCCGCUAUCUCCAAUUACAUCGCCUCUAUUGAGACCUCUGUCCUUCCAACUAAACGAUAGUGAUUCUUUCAGUAUUAAUGAUAAUGCUUUGGAUGAUCCGCCACCUGAUUUUAAUUUUGAUGACAAUAAGCCUAUAACCUCAGUAGGAAUAAGAAGACCUCCAUUAACUACGUUCAAAAGUAACCCAACUAUUCCUUCGAAACUUCCUCCAUCUUAUGGGGAAGCGAUGAAAGGUAAACAUAAUGAAAGAGUAGUAAACUCAAACCUCCAAGACUCGAAAAUGUCACGCUUGUCACUAAAUAAAUCACAGGAUUCUUUACUGUUCAGUAUGAACAACAGAAGAAGUAAUUUGAACCUAGAUAAUGAAUUAGAAAACUCAUUCACAGAAGAAAGAAAUACAGAGGAUAAUGAUGAUAACGAUAUAGCGUCCAGCUUUAGUUUUGAUAGUUCGAACUUACAGACACAGAACUUGCCCUCAAAUAUAUUAAGACCACAUUCACCGCCAACAUUAAGGCCUCUCGGUGGCGAUCUAAUAUUCGGUGGUGGUCGCCCUGACAGUGCUAAUAUGCUGCCAUCUACUUUAAGAACUGAUAAUCAAUUUUACAAUGAUAUGAAUCAAAUAUUUAGUGAUAACACAACAUCACCAGGUGAAAAUCCAUCCUCUCCGACCGAGGAUGGCAAUUCAGUAACGUACGAAGGAAGCCCAAGGCGGUCAAUCCAUUCUACUAAUGAAUUGUCACCACAUUCUUCUGCCGAAAAUAAUAGUUCAAAUGCAUACCGUAAUGGGGAUGGCAUUGCUGCCGAACCUUUACUUAAUAAUGGUCUAAGGAAUAGUACAUCUCAUAACAGAACUGUAGGUGAUAUUACAGAAAUGAGCUAUGACAACUCUUUUUUUCAAUCCAGAGAUUCUCUUAACGAUUUGUCUGAACAACCAUUAGACUCAUCAGUUGACCUAACUGCUUUAUACAAUAGAAAUACCGUCGGAUGGAAUACUUUGCAAUUUGAUCAGGGAAUCGAUAACGCAAAUGAUUCAAGAGAAAACCGUGACAUCGGAGGAGGUACCGAUGCUUCGAGUAGACUUUCAGAGGUAGCAACCCAAAGCGAUUUGAAGACAAUUGAUACCGAUAGCAAUGCGGAUAACAGUACAUCAACGUAUCGAAAUGUUGAAGGUGCCAUGUCCUCAUAG